GUUUUUCGUAGCACGUUUUCGUCACGUAUAUUUUCAUAAUUUUUUACAGAAAACAGCUUGAGAUAGGUGUAGAACGCGAUAUUCAACGACAAGAACGGAAUAAAUUAAAAUCGUUGUUGAAACAACAAACACAGUUGACGGAUCAGUUGCGAGAAUCGUCAAAAAACGAACAAAAUCUUCAAACUUUAUAACAUUAAUUUCGCUGUCGACUUUAGGUUAGGUUAGAUUAUACAAUAUCAAUGAACAUAAUGACUACAGAAGAACCAACAGAACCAGAUUUGAUUUGCGUAGAGGAAAGUCUUAUGAGUUUAGAAAAAUUAGAUAGAGCAUCACCAGAUUUAUGGCCUGAACAAAUUCCAGGUGUAAACGAAUUUGUAGCUCAAAAUUCACCUCAAACAGAACCAUCUGCUUGGGCUGCUGGUCUCACUCCAGAUGAUAUAAAUCAGUUACAUCAAUUAGGAAAUUUGUCAAUGGGUGGUUUAAUAUCCGAAGUAAAAAAAUUACAUGACAUGGCAUAUCAAUUAGGAUUGGAAGAGGCAAAAGAGAUGACUCGUGGGAAAUAUUUGAACAUUUUCAAGCAUAAAUAGCAAAAGUUUGAUUAAAGAUGAUUAUAUGUAAGAAAAUAGUAAUAUAUAUAUAUGUGUGUGUGUGCUUUAUUCAAAUAUUUCAUUAAUAUUAAAUAAAUUAUUAAUCUUUUAAUGAAUAGUUAAUAAUUUUCUAGAAUCCAUGUUACGUAUUUCUGUACAUUAACAAAGACUGAUGGAAAGCUGGUGGUUACAUUGCAGUUGGAACUAUAUGAUAAAACACCUAACUGAAAUUUAUGUAAAUAUAUAAUUGUAAUUUUAUAUAUAAAUAUAUGAUUUAAUUAUAC